UGUAUAGCGCAGUCCCCAUCCAGAUUUCUCAAAAGUCGGAAACCCGAAAAGAAGUCCAUCGUUACUUCUUACUUACGCAGCUGGUAAGUUUGAGGUCAGCCCCAUACGGUACCAUAUCUACCAGGUACGUACUCGAGGUACAUACAUGGACUAGGUAUGUGGAGUAACUGUCGACGCAGGAAUCCCGCAAGCAGAUCAGCAGAGUCGCCUCCGACCCUCCCCUCUCCUCUCCUCGAGCUAGACCAAGUAUCAUGUAUUAUACCAAGGCGAAACCCCCGCUCCCUUCCAACUCGACGGAAUUAGCAGUUACAUGCUGCUACCGACGGCCAUGUACCGACUGCUACUGCUACCUACUGCUACUGCUUAUGCGGGGUUUUUGGGCAAAUCGGUACCUACCUGGACAGUGCGCAAGUCGCUAUAUUGCCGUAGGUAUAUGAUAUUUGAUUUAAUGUAACGAUACCUUACAUUUUAAACGUACAGUAUGUGGAGUACCGUACGCGUGGUGAGACUUUUCCAUGGUUUUGUUUUGUUUUUCUCUUUUUCUUCCUUCCUUCUUUCUAGAGUAGAGUACUUUCUCCCCGGCACUCCCCGGGAAAUAGUAUCGGGAUGCAAACAAAAACACAACAGCAGCGACAACAACAACAACAUCAGCAUCAUCAUCGCGUGGCAGUCAGCACGAGGUGAGCAAAGCAAGCACCGCCAGGAGCAACGAUGUCCGCAGUCCGCAGUGCGUAGUCCGCCGCCGCCACCGCCGCCGCCGGUUCGUUUUCUUUCCCAAAACUGACAAUAACUGGAAGUCUGGAAGGCAUGAGAUGAUGCAGUGGGGACUGGGGACUGGGGAAGCGGGUCCGUCUUGCUAUGUAUGCUGUCUACCUAUGCUGUCUAUGCAUAUUAGUUUUAGUUGCAGCGUAGCUACUCUACUUGCAUACCCAUUGGCCGAGCGCCAGAGCCAGACGCAGGCCGAGUUCGAAGGAGCAAGCUGGUCGAGGAGUCGGAGUCGGGUGGGUUGGGUUGGAUUGGUCACGGGGGCGGGGCGGGGCACCGAGUACUCUACAUACACUCACUACGAUUUCCGCCCAGACCUUACCCUGCGUGCGGUGUCCGAAGUUUUUCUUUCUUUCUUUUCAGAUGGGGAUCUCCACAAGGAUAUGAAACUGCCAUCGCUGCAGAUAGUGUCUG